CGCGCGUGAACACUAACAAUUUUUUUCUGUGGGAGUAGCCUGAGAGGAUGAACAAGCCAAAUAAUGAAUAACAUUCGUUUCAGCGUCCACCGCCCGGCGAUCUCGCUGCGACUGAGGCCUCCAACUCUUGUUCUGCAUCAUUUCGAUUGUGAGAGUUGCAAUUCUGGAAAGGCUGUGUAUCUAAAUGUAAAACCUGUCUAUUCUUGAACAUAUCCUCCCUUGAGUAUUCCAUGUCUGCAAAUAUUUUUGUUCUACACGCUUUUCCAAGCACUCUUCUCAAUUCUCUGUGUUAUAAUAGUCAUGUUGUUUUGAACCGUCAACCAAUUAUCCACUCCAACCAUCAAAGGGCUAAAAUCAUUUGCAAGGGUGUCAUCGAAGAUAAUAAACAGCAAGAAAUUGAGCGUUCAAGUUCCACUUUCAAAGCCCCUACGGCUCCCUGGAUGAAUGGCCCUCUUCUUGUUGAACCCAAACAUGUCUUGCAUUUCUCCAAAAGAAGAAGAAGAAAGAAAGGCCCCGCUUCCUUGACUGAAAAUGAAACUUCUGACAGUGAAUUGACAAGGAAGGAGGGUGGAGGAAGGUCCAAGAAAGCGAUGAAGAAAAUCUUUCUAGGUAUUAAUAAGCUUAAAGAAACUCUUCAUUUGGAAGCAGAGAAUGCGAGAACGGGAGAGAAUGGAACGUUCAAUUUUUCACCCGGAGUUUUGCUGGGAGAUAAUAAUGGUAACAAAGAUUCUCCCUUUAGGGCGGGAGUAGAUGAGAACGUGCAUGUCAUUCCUGAAGCAUUGGAGAAGACUCGCUUGGGAUUUUCAUUUGGGAAGAGUGGAGAUGGGAAAGGGAGUAGCAGAAUGCCCUGGAAGAGAGAGCAGGCAAUUGGGAUUAUUAAGAGAACGAAGAAGGAAAAGGUAAUGAUGGCAGAUGAGACGGGCCUUGGUACAGAAUUGCUUGAGAGGCUGACGGAUAUGGCUGCAAGGAUGAGGCAAUGGGUGAAGGUUAAGAAGGCUGGGGUGACUCAAGCCGUUGUUGAUAGAGUUCACUGUAUUUGGCGGGCAGAUGAACUUGCCAUGCUCAAGUUCGAUGUGCCUUUAUGUCAAAAUAUGGUCCGGGCUAAAGAAAUUGUUGAGAUUAAAACUGGAGGAUGUGUUGUCAUGAGUAAGAAAGAUGCCCUUGUUGUUUAUAGAGGGCAUAACUAUCCACUAGGGUUGACCAGUUCUUCACAAAUGCAUCCCAAACUUGUUGAUCAUGGGCGCAAUUCUACAUUAAGUACCAGUUUCCAUUGCAUAAAGUCUGUAUCUCAAGAAAACUCAGAACAAAGUGGCAUUGAUCAAAUAUGGAGAGUUGAAUCUGAUGAAGAGGGGCGUCUAUCUAUAGAUGGAUCACUCUAUCAACGAGAAGCUGAUAGAUUGUUGGAUAGUUUAGGACCUCGGUUUGUUGACUGGUGGUACCCAAAGCCUUUACCAGUCGAUGCUGACUUGCUUCCUGAAGUGGUUCCUGGAUUCAAGACCCCAUUCAGGCGUUGCCCUCCAUUUCUUAGACCAAAGCUGAUGAAUUAUGAGCUUACAUACUUGAGGAAGCUUGCUCGUCCUUUGCCCACUCAUUUUGUUCUUGCUGCAGGACUCCUAUACAGAAAAUUGUUCUGUUCCCUAUCAUUGGUAUCAGAGCACCAUUUCUUGGGGUACGGUGGAUGCCUGGAACGAAAACUGGAAGAGAUGCGAGCGGAUAUGGAUGAAAUACAAUCGGAUAUGGAUGGAAUACGAUCAAAGAUGGAGGAUAUGCACAUGCUUAUCACGGCGUCGCCUAGGCGCCGACUAGGCGUCCAAGCGCUGGAGAGUGCUCGCUCGGUAAGCUCGCCUCGCCAGAAGAAGAAUAGUCGAGGGAGAAACAGGAAACUCCAAGGUUUAGCUAAUGCAGUACUUAAAUUAUGGGAGAAAUGUCAUAUAGCAAAAAUUUCUUUGAAAUGGGGAGUCCCAAACACAGACAAUGGGCAGAUGGCAGAGGAGCUCAAGAGACUAACUGGAGGAGUUCUUUUAUUACGCAAUAAAUUCAUUAUAAUCCUAUAUCGGGGGAAGGACUUUCUUCCUUCUCAAGUAGCAACACUAGUAGCUGAAAGAGAAGCAUUGCUUAUGAGAUGUCAACUUCAUGAAGAAUUUGCUCGGCUAGGAACAACUGAGCUCUUUUCUGCAACAUAUGAAGAUGCAGUUGACUCCGAGACAGUUGGAACAUUAUCUGAAUUUCGGAAUAUCACAGAUUAUGCAAAAGAUGAAAGCAGAGUUGAUGAGGUUAUGAAAAUUCAGGUAGAGUCUGAAAAGGCAAAAUUGGAAAAAGAACUGAGAAGUCAAGAGCAGAAGCGCUUUAUUCUCAAACAGAAGAUAGAAAAAUCAAUAAAAGUGUUAGAGAAAUUGGAUUCUGCAUGGAAACCUUCAAUGCUAGAUGAAGACAAGGAAAUAAUAACAGAAGAAGAGAGGGAAUGCCUGCGCAGCAUAGGAUUAACUAUGGACAAAAGUUUGGUCCUUGGAAGGCGUGGUGUUUUUGAUGGUGUGGUGGAAGGCUUGCAUCAACACUGGAAACACAGGGAAGUAGUAAAAGUUAUCACCAUGCAGAGAACGUUUUCCCAGGUUCUUCACACUGCAGAACUUCUUGAGGCUGAAAGUGGUGGGGUUCUGGUUUCUGUUGAUAAACUUAAAGAAGGCCAUGCUAUACUGUUAUAUCGUGGAAAGAACUAUAAUCGCCCAAAGUCAGUGCCUCAAAAUCUUCUUAAUAAAGGAGAUGCAUUGCGCAAGUCACUUGAAAUGCAAAGACUUGGAUCGAUGAAGCUUUAUGCUAAACAAAAAGAGGAGACUAUCAUGGAUAUAAAGAACAAACUGAUCUGAAUGCUAAUGAAAUGGUGUUGUUGGUGGCAGAAAGAGUACAAAUGCUGAAUUUUCCACAUGACCGUUUUAUAGAAGUGAGGCCCGAGGUAGCUGCAUUUGCACCCAAAACUUCUUCUAGAAGCAGUUUAUUCUGUGUGUAUGCACUCUUCUAUAUUCUAUUCUUGUUUUUAAAUCUAAAAGACGAGAACAAGUCAGCCCCCAGCUUUCUGAUGGCCCUUAUGUUCUCUUUCUACUCUGAAUAUUACACUUCUUCGCGCAACACCAUAUUUUCAUCAGUGGGUGUAGAAGUAAUAUUGAAAUUGACCUUCUUGUUGUUAGCAAUAAUACAUAUUAGGGACUGGUGGGGAUUUGAAGAAGACCGGGAAAAAAUCAUGGCAAUAUUCCUAAAUUUGCAGAAAAUUGCAACUGUAGCUGUGAAAUGGUCUGCUUGCUAGUAGCUUGUUUGGGAAAUGGAGUUCCUCUUUCCUUGGUUAGUGUGAAAGACAUUAUAGAAUAUUCUUUAGAAUAUGUUUUAGAAUAUUCUUCUAUCUUUAGAAUAUGCUUUAGAAUAUUGUAGGAAUAUACUCUAGGAUAUUAUUAUUGUAUAGAAUCUUAAAGGAAUAUUCUGUAAUGUAUAUAUAUAUGGGCUUGACCCUCCAAUGAAAAAAACACAAAAAUCAUUCCUC